AUGAGGAAGAAUAAAAGGUAUUCAUUUCAUUUCUUUUCUAUUCUACCAUCGAACUGUGAUCGUAUAAACUUGAUUCCUUGUGCGUGCGUACGGCUUGUUCAUUACCAUUGUGCGUGCGUGCACCUUGCCGGUCUCUGCUUCUCUGUGCGUACGUGCGCGCGCUUUGCCUGUCUCGGUCUGUGCGAACGAGCGCGCGCCUUUACAGUCACUGAUUCUCUGUGCAUACGUGUGCGCGCCUUGCUGGUGUCUGCUUCUGUGUGCACGCCUGACUCCCUAAUAACUAACUUCACGGGUAACUCCUUUCUCUGGCCCUUUUCCGUUCUCCAUUUCUGUCCCCUUUCCGCUACCUUCCCCCUUCUCCCACUUUGUCGCCCUUUUUCUCCCACUUUGUCGCCCUUUUUCUCCCACGUUGUCGCCCUUUUUCUCCCACUUUGUCUCCCUUUGUCACCUUUUUCUCUCACUUUGUCUCCCUUUUUCUCUCACUUUGUCUCCCUUUUUCUCCCACUUUGUCUCCCUUUUUCUCCCACUUUGUCUCCCUUUUUUCUCCCCUUUCUCCCCUUUUUCCCCCUUUCUCCCCUUUUCUCCCCUUUUUUUUCUCCCCUUUUCUCCCCCUUUCUCUCCUUUUUCUCCCCUUUCCCCUUUUUCUCCCCUUUUCUCUUUUCUCUCUCCCUUUUUCUCCCUUUUCUCCUUGUCCUCCUUUCUCCCUCUUGUCCCCUUUUCUCCCUUUCCUCUCUCUCACGCACUCACUCUCACUCACUCUAUCUCACUCUCCAUCACUCUCAUUCUCUCUCACUCUCACUCACUUUGACGCUCACUCACCCUCUCAAACUCUCUCACACUCUCACUCAAGCGAAAUAUAUGCUGAAUGAUUUUUCACUCCCGUUCUCAACUCGCAAUCAGUUAACUUUCACGCUUUGCCCUUUUUUUCCUCUCCCCGCCCCUCUUGCUUUUUUGACAUGUUGUUGCUUUAUCUUUUCUUUCCAGUUUUCUCUUUUUCUCUCUCUAUUUUUCUUUUCGUGUUUUCAUUUUCGCUUAUUUUUUUUUCUCUUUUUUUCUUCUUCUAGCAUUUUCUUUUUACUUCUCGUCGCAUUUUGUCUCUUUUUUUUUUUUGUAGCAUUUUCGCUGUUAUAUUUCUGUUUUUCUCAUUUCUUCAUUCAGAAUUCCAGUCUCGAAUUUUUCCAGCCAAUCCAAAUAAUUGAUUCCAAAACACUCUGUCACUUUCAUUCAGAAAAUAUUCUGUUUAGUCUUUGCUCUCUCUCUCUCUUUUCUCCAGUCUUUGCUCUCUCUCUCUCUUUUCUCCAGUCUUUGCUCUCUCUCUCUCUUUUCUCUAGUCUUUUUUCUCUCUCUCUUUCUCUUUCUCUUUUUCUCGUCUUUUCUCUCUCUUUUUUCUUUUUUUCUCUCUCUCUUUUUUUCUUUUCUUUUUCUCUCUCUCUCUCUCUUUUUUUCAGUCUUUUUUUCUCUCUCUCUCUCUUUUCUCCAUCUUUUUCUCUCUCUCUCUUUUUCUCUAGUCUUUUUUCUCUCUCUCUCUUUUCUCUAGUCUUUUUUUCUCUCUCUCUCUUUUCUCUAGUCUUUUUUUCUCUCUCUCUCUUUUCUCUAGUCUUUUUUCUCUCUCUCUCUCUUUUCUCUAGUCUUUUUUUUCUCUCUCUCUCUCUUUUCUCUAGUCUUUUUUUCUCUCUCUCUUUCUCUAUCUUUUUUUUCUUCUCUCUUUUCUCAGUCUUUUUUUUCUCGAUUUCUCUGGUCUUUUUUUCUCAGAAUCUAAAAGUAUUUUUUCUCUCUCUCUUUUCUCAAAUCUUUUGUCUGAUGGUUUGGAGUCAGAAGUCUUUCUCUCUCUCCUCUUUCUCUAGGGGGGUCUCUGGGGACUUUCUCUUCUUUGUCGAUUUCUUCUCUUUUCUCAGUCUUUUUCAUCUCUCUCUCUUUUCUCUAUCUCUUUUUUUCUCUCUCUCUCCCUUUUCUCUAGUCUUUUUUCUCUCUCUCUCUCCCUUUUCUCUAGUCUUUUUCUCUCUCUCUCCUUUCUCUAGUCUUUGCUUUUUCUCUCUUUCUUUCUCGUUUGUCCUCCCAUUUCAUUUGAUCAGAUCAUCAACUGAAUUUCGAGACAUUUUUUUUUCUGUUUCAUGUUUAUUCAUUUCUCUCUCUCGUUCCAGUUUUAACCUUUUCUCAACAAAACGAGUUUAUUUUCUCCCUUUUACUGGUGCUAUUUCACUCUCACUCUCUCUCUCUCUGUUGUCUGCUUUUGUCCUCAUCUCCCCCUCUCUCUCUCCUUCUGAUCUAUGA